AAUCUCUCUCUCCCUCUCCCGAAAAAGCUCUUCUCAUCAAACCCUAGCAUCUCUCUCGAAGCCCUAAUCUAUGGCUUCACGUCGAGUCCUCUCUUCUCUCCUUCGCUCUACGUCUCGCCGAUCUCUCUCCAAAUCUUCAAGCCCUAACCCUCGCCUGCUUUCACCUUCGCCCACACGCCGCCCUUCUCCAUGCGGGUACUUCCUCACGCGCGUAGCUGAUUACGCCACAUCUGCGGCUGCAGCCGCUUCUCCUGCUCCGUCGCAGCCUCCUCCUGCCAAGAAAGGGGGCGGAGGGAAGAUCACCGAUGAGUUCACUGGAGCAGGAGCCAUCGGUCAGGUUUGUCAAGUGAUCGGUGCCGUUGUUGAUGUGAGAUUCGAUGAAGGUUUACCUCCAAUUUUGACGGCUCUUGAAGUGAUGGACCACUCGAUCCGGCUUGUGCUGGAAGUGGCUCAGCACUUGGGUGAGAACAUGGUUAGGACCAUUGCUAUGGAUGGGACGGAGGGACUUGUUAGAGGGCAGCGCGUGCUCAACACCGGAUCUCCUAUCACUGUGCCUGUUGGUAGAGCUACUUUAGGUCGCAUCAUAAAUGUUAUUGGAGAGCCUAUUGAUGAGAAAGGCGAACUCAAAACCGACCACUACUUGCCCAUUCAUAGAGAAGCACCAGCUUUUGUUGAUCAAGCUACUGAACAGCAGAUCCUUGUCACUGGUAUUAAGGUUGUUGACCUCCUUGCACCAUAUCAAAGAGGAGGAAAGAUUGGGCUUUUUGGUGGUGCUGGUGUAGGCAAGACAGUGCUUAUUAUGGAACUUAUCAACAAUGUUGCCAAAGCUCAUGGUGGUUUCUCAGUGUUUGCUGGUGUUGGAGAACGAACUAGAGAGGGUAAUGACUUGUACAGGGAAAUGAUUGAGAGUGGUGUCAUUAAGCUAGGUGACAAGCAGUCUGACAGCAAGUGCGCUCUUGUCUAUGGUCAAAUGAAUGAGCCCCCUGGUGCCCGUGCUCGUGUUGGCCUUACUGGUUUGACUGUGGCUGAACACUUCCGUGAUGCUGAAGGGCAGGAUGUGCUUCUCUUUAUUGACAACAUUUUCCGUUUUACUCAGGCAAACUCUGAAGUGUCUGCUUUGCUUGGUCGUAUUCCAUCUGCUGUCGGUUACCAACCGACUUUGGCUACAGAUCUUGGAGGUCUUCAAGAGCGUAUUACCACCACAAAGAAAGGUUCUAUCACUUCCGUGCAAGCUAUUUAUGUCCCUGCUGAUGACUUGACAGAUCCUGCUCCUGCAACAACCUUUGCUCACUUGGAUGCAACAACUGUGUUGUCUAGGCAGAUCUCUGAGCUUGGUAUUUACCCUGCUGUGGAUCCAUUGGAUUCUACAUCUCGUAUGCUUUCCCCUCAUAUUUUGGGUGAGGAACACUACAAUACUGCACGUGGUGUGCAGAAGGUUCUCCAAAACUACAAGAACUUGCAAGAUAUUAUUGCCAUUUUGGGGAUGGAUGAACUUAGUGAAGAUGAUAAGUUGACUGUUGCACGUGCUCGUAAAAUCCAAAGGUUUUUGAGCCAGCCUUUCCAUGUGGCAGAAGUGUUCACUGGUGCUCCUGGCAAGUAUGUUGAGUUGAAGGAGAGCAUUGGCAGCUUCCAGGGAGUGCUGGAUGGAAAGUAUGAUGACCUUCCAGAGCAGUCUUUUUACAUGGUUGGAGGGAUUGAGGAAGUCAUUGCUAAGGCAGAUAAGAUUGCCAAGGAGUCUGCUGCCUAAUUAAUCUUUUUACAUGCCUUUCUUGUCUCCUUCUGGAUAGUUGCGAAAAUAAUCUAGGUGGUGUUGGCAAUGCCAGCAACAGGACGUUCAUUUUUUGAGAUCAAAUGUACCAGGAUGUUUUUGGUUUAUGUUUUGAUGAUGUUACUCCAGAGUGUGAAAGAGAUAUAGGAUUGGGGGGGCGUGUUCUGCCAAGCCCGCUUUUUUCUUGUUAUUUAAUAAGGGGAAAUAGAAGGCGGAUGUGUACAUUUUUCCGACAAAACGCUGGAUGCUCAAGUUCAUAUUUCGAUAUUGCAUUUGGUUCUCGUGUUUUCUUCAAA